AUGUGCCACUGCAACAUCACUCCUCCUCUUUCCCAUGCCACAAAACCCAAUACCCGCUCUGCCACCGCUAACACCGAAACAAAGCCUUCAAUUUCUUUAAAACCAUCUCGUAAAACCAGAACCAAACGCCGAAAACCAAAAUACCUCUGUCUUAAUUUGAAGCUUGGCCAUCAGAAGAAGAAGAAGCCGCAAACUUCUAAGAACGAGACCAAAAUGACCAACAAGCUGCAUCAACAACAGCUCACUCUCUUCCCACUUCACCCCGAAAACUUAGUUGAAGACCCUAAAGAUUACAUGCACGGGCAUGAGAAUGAAGAUAACAACGUUGUCGCCAGCUUCCUCUUCGAUGCCACUACGGAUGGCUCCACCACCCUCAACGGCUUGCUCAUUUCCACCACCUCCGAGCAAGACAGCCCUCCAGAAUCGCCGUUAUCGCUGACGUUUCCGUACGGCGAAGAUCGUUGUGGGGACAGUAAUCACGGGCUGGUACAAACGGCCAUGAGGUGUAAAGAGAGGGACGCCAGUGAGGAGAAGUGGGUGAGUUACAGUGAGGUUGUGGAAAGUAAUAAGAUUGUUGUUAAGGAAGAGGAGGUGAUGAGUAGUAGCUGUAUCGAAGAUCAUGAUCGGGAUGAUGUAGAUGAAGCUGCAUGGUGUAUGGAAGAGGUACAGGGGCAGAAGAGUAAAACGUUAUUGGCAUUGAAACUUGAUUACCAGGAGAUAUUGAAUGCUUGGUCUGAUAAGGGUCCCCUCUAUGUUGACGGAGAGUCCCCACAAACUGUUCCCCAAUUGCAUGAUGCCACCUUGCAUGAUGGUUCUGUUGUUUAA